CACUCACACACACUUGGUCAAAUGGAACUUAAACUUUGAUUUCAUACUCAAAGAGACUGAUUCUCUCACACACACACACCGGUGGAACGUGAGGAUGAGUUCUGUGUCCGAGGCAGCUCUGGUCAGCCGACCUCCGUCCAAGAGACACAAGAGUGUGAGGAAGAACUCCAGAAGGAUCUACUCUCCUUACAGGGACAACCAGCCGGGCCACUCCGACGAUGAGGACAAGGAGGACGAUCGCGUGGAGAGCACCGACCCAGAGGAGAUGUUCCAGAACAUUCAGUUCCAGAAGGAGAUCAUCGCCAACAUACGCACACGGCCCUGGCCCAUGAGGCGCAAGCUGAAGGCCCUGAAGCAAGCCCGAGAAAUUGUAUUGCAAUAUGAAGGCAGGCUGACCAGGACCAGAGGAUACCAAGCAGCGGGCGCGGACCUGUUGAAGAAGGUCUCCCGCCUGCUCUACAACAUCGUGGUGAUUUUCAUUCCCUGGGAGAUGAGGAUCAAGAAAAUAGAGAGUCACUUCGGGUCAGGAGUGGCCUCUUACUUCAUCUUCCUCCGCUGGCUGUUUGGAAUCAACAUCGUCCUCUCCAUCAUGACCGGAGCCUUCAUCGUCCUGCCUGAGCUGCUGGCUGGAGCUCCGUUUGGGACGACGAGGAGCAAGACCAUCCCCAAGGAGCACCUGGAGCACGCCCAGGACCUGGACACCAUCUGGUCUCUUGGGGGCUACCUGCAGUACUCGGUCCUGUUCUACGGCUACUACGGGAGGGUGAGGAAGAUCGGCAGCGCUGGCUAUCGACUGCCGCUCGCAUACUUCCUGGUUGGGAUGGCUGUUUUUGCCUACAGUUUCAUCAUUCUGUUAAGAAAAAUGGCCAAGAAUUCCCGUCUCAGUCUGGCCAGCGCGUCGGACGAGAACUUCACGUUCUGCUGGAGGGUGUUCUGUGCCUGGGACUACCUCAUCGGAAACCUGGAGGCUGCGGAGAGCAAAGGAGCCGCCAUAGUCAACAACAUCAGGGAAGCCAUCGUGGAGGAACAGGAGAAGAAGAAGGACACUAGUCUGGCCGUGUUGAUCAGCCUGCGCAUCCUGGCCAACAUCCUGGUGCUCCUCUCGCUGGCGGGAAGCAUCUACAUCAUCUACUUUGUGGUGGACCGUUCUCAGAAGCUGGAGCAGGAGAAACCAGAGCUGACGCUGUGGGAGAAGAACGAGGUGAGCGUGGUGGUGUCCCUCAUCACCAUGAUCGCCCCGUCAGCGUUCGAGCUGGUGUCCCAGCUGGAGAUGUACCACCCCAGGACCUCGCUCCGUUGGCAGCUGGCCAGAGUGCUGGUGUUGUACCUGGGGAACCUCUAUAGCCUCAUCAUCGCCUUGCUGGACAAGGUCAACAUCAUGAGCUCGGCUAUCCAUGGGGUUCCAGCUAACUGGUCUGACCCCAGCGCAUUCAUGGCCACCAUCUCCCAGCCUGGGGAGGAGAACUUGUCCACUCUGGUCUCUCUCUCCGGACACAGGAAUAUCACCCUGGCAACCAUCGUCAUGGUGCUGGACAACAGCACCAAAAGUACCAUGACAACCACGUACAACCACACCGGUCUUUCUGAGAAGAACACGAGGUCGCAGCAGGAUCCGUGCUGGGAGACCUACGUAGGACAGGAGAUGCUGAAGCUGUCUAUCAUUGAUAUGAUCUUCACGGUGGCCAGCAUCCUGCUCAUCGACUUCAUCCGAGGGCUGGUGGUCCGUUACCUUAGUGACUGUUGCUGCUGGGACCUGGAGAGCAAGUUUCCUGAAUAUGGAGAGUUUAAGAUAGCCGAGAACGUGCUCCACCUUAUAUACAACCAAGGAAUGAUCUGGAUGGGCGCGUUCUUCUCUCCCUGUCUCCCAGCCUUUAAUGUGAUGAAGUUAAUAGGUCUGAUGUACCUGAGGAGCUGGGCUGUGCUCACCUGCAACGUUCCUCAUCAGCAGGUCUUCAGAGCCUCCAGGUCAAAUAAUUUCUACCUGGCGAUGCUCCUGUUCAUGCUGUUCCUGUGCAUGCUGCCCACUGUGUUUGCCAUCGUCAGAUACAGACCUUCCCAGCACUGCGGGCCCUUCAGUGGUCAGGAUAAGAUUUACGACAUCAUCUCAGAUACGAUAUCCAAUGACUUCCCUCUGUGGUUCAGUAAAGUGAUGAACUACGUCACCAGUCCUGUCGUGGUGCUGCCUGGACUGCUGCUGCUGUUCAUGCUGAUCUACUACCUGCAGGCUAUCGCUAGGUCUCUCAAGUUCACCAACAACCAGCUGAGACAGCAGCUUCAGACUGAACGGACGGAGGACAAGAAGAAGGUGGUCCAGUUGGCUGCAGCCCGUCUCCAGGCCCCAGAGACGGCAGUAGAAAAUAAGUCUGACCAGCAGGAGAGUGACAUCACCAGCCGUGAGUCCUCCAUCCGCACGCCGUCGCCACGACACAACGGCAGCGUCACCAACUUCCAGUCGCCAGUUCGCCGCGGCAACAGCAUCCGCACCAUCACCCAGUCGGCGUCCAGGGCUGAUUUGAACCGGAGUAGUGUUGCUGGGCCAUCCAGAAGUCCGACUGUGUCAAUACUGCAGAAACAGAGACUGGAACAUGUGCCAAACAGGCACCCUUCGUAUCUAGGAGGCCCCAGCGGUACGUGCAGGUCCAAAUCAUACCACCAGGGAGCGUACAUCCCCCCAGCCCGCUACCCGGAGAACAUCCACACCGACCCCCUCUACAGGAAGACCAUACGGCCCAUCCACCCAGCGGAGGCGGCAGGCAUCAUCACAGCCCAGAGCUACGUGAGCCGACGCCCUCCCUCCACGCGCUACGUCAUCGUGAACGAGCACGAAGCCCGAAAGAAGCUGCUCCGCUCGGCCACGCGCGUCCCCAGACACUUCCGCAUGGAGGACCCCGGGGAGAUCCUGGAGCUGUACCCCCGCAACGUCAAACGCUACACCCCCCGCACCCCUCACCACCACCACGCCCACCGUGCCCACCCCUCGCAGCCACACCUGAGCGAGGAGGAGGAAGAGGAGGAGGAGGCGGCGGCCGGGAAGAGCGUGAGGAGGGGGGCUUUGGGUCAGACGCUCCGGCCCCACUCCCUCUCCGACCUCCACCAGCCCACUCGCUUCUACAUAGGGGAGCGCGCGGACAGCCAGCUGUCCAUGGCGAAGGACAGACACUCCUCCAGGGGGCGCUUUUCCACCCAGCAGCAAGGGGAGGAGGAGAGGGCGGAGGGGGAGGAUGUGGGGUCCCGUUCCGGCUCCCAGAUCAACGUCAGAGGAGCCGAAGUCCCUCCAGCGGCGGUCAGAAGACACACACAGUCCCCAGGGAAACAAGCCCAAACAAGCCCACACAUCCAGGGACCAGUCAAGCCCAAGACCUCCCGGACCAAGCUGGAGCCCUCUCUGACGGAGUCAGACUCGGCCUCGCUGGCCUCCAGCAGCGACCAGCAGAACAGCAGCACCGACCAGUACAUCCAGGUCAUCCACAACAAGGAGAGAUACCUGAAGUCUGAAGCCAGGCACGGGAAGAUGGUCAAGAAGAAAUCCAAAGCUAGCAUAGACCUAAAUGUGUCGGCUUCGAAAGACUUAAUGUGCUCCAAUGUGUAAAAUCACGAA